CAACCCGCGCAACCAGUGCGCCACCAAAACAACUAGGUUCAUUAACAGGACCCGCACGUCCUUUGGGACGUGUUGUUUCAGGAUCGCGAAGUCGCUAGCGGAAGUGGAUUACAAUCUAAAGAGUUCUCCGACUUGCAAAACAAGGUCGCUUCAAUCGAAUCCACACAACUUGCCAAUGCCGCAAGGUUAGCACAAACUAUGGAUGCAGAGCGCGCCAAAGUCGCCGAGCUCGAAGCGAAUCAUCGCGCUCUUUCCCUCGAGCUCACUAACGCCAAGUCGCUUGAGCUUGACAAGCGGAGAGAGUUGGUGAGCGCAAGCGAUGAAAUCGAGAAAUUGCGCAUGAAGCAUGCAAGAGAGGUCAUGGAGCUUGAGAUGGAAGUGAAGAGUAAAGCAAGGGAGGCAAGAGAGCUCGCAGAUGAACUGAGGCUGGCGAAGGGUGAUCUGGACAAGGAGAGAGAUAACGUGUCGAAUCUCAAGGCAACACUAUCACAUCAGUCCACCUCACAUAUCACUCUCAAUGCGCAGAUUAAUGCUCUCCAGGCACAGAAUGCUGCCACACAGAUGCAGCUCGAUGCUGCAAUGACCACCACUUCAGACAAGACGCUCGAACUCGAAACCGCACGACAACGAAUAUUGGACCUGGAGCAGGAUGCCAGGGAAAGCGAGAUGGUUCGCCGGAAGUUGCACAACAUGGUUCAGGAGCUCAAGGGCAACAUUCGAGUAUUCUGUCGAGUUCGCCCCGUCCUCACAUCAGACCUGUCUCCUUCGUCUUCGUUCACCGGCAGCCCAACUCCUGAUGAUGAGGAAAGGGGACGGGAAGCAGAUUUAUCAUUUCCUGAUAAAAGGGAUCACAAAGAGAUCAUCGUCUCCUCUUCAAGCUCCAGCGCCAUGGGCUCUGAGCGCAAAGAAGUCUAUAAUUUUGGUUUUGAUCGGGUAUUCGAACCCGAAUCAACCCAGGCGGAAGUUUUCGAGGAGAUUUCACUCCUCGCUCAAAGCUGUGUGGACGGAUAUAAUGUCUGCAUAUUUGCGUACGGCCAAACAGGCUCUGGCAAGUCUUUCACUAUGGAAGGCGGAUCGACCGAUGCCACGACAGGUGUGAUACCCCGCGCAGUGAACCAGGUGUUCAAAGCUGCCGAGGACCUCAGGUCUAAAGGCUGGGAGUACAAGAUGGACGGCCAGUUCCUCGAGAUCUAUAACGAAACAAUCAAUGACCUCCUCGGCAAGGGCGAGUUCGACAAGAAGAAGCAUGAGAUCAAACACGACAAGUCCGGAACACGUGUCACUGAUGUGAAUGUGAUGUCUCUCCCGUCCCCAGCGUCUGUCACCUCGCUCCUUCGUGUCGCCAACUCCCGGCGCACCGUGGCAGCCACGCUCAUGAACGAGCGUUCCUCGCGUUCGCACUCUGUCUUCACACUCCGAAUCUCUGGUACAAACACGCACACCGGUGAGAGCUGUGAAGGCAGUCUCAAUCUCGUUGACCUGGCUGGUAGCGAGCGCCUCAACUCAAGCGGAGCAGCGGGGGACAAAGAACGACUGAAAGAGACGCAGAACAUUAACAAGAGCUUGAGCGCGCUUGGGGACGUCAUCGCUGCACUAGGCGAGAAAGGAGAAAAAGGAGAGAAGCAUAUCCCAUAUAGGAAUUCGAAGCUGACGUAUUUGUUACAAAACUCGCUGAGCGGGAAUUCGAAGACGCUGAUGAUCCUGAACCUCUCACCGUUGGCGGCGCAUUUGAACGAGUCUCUGUGCUCCUUGCGAUUCGCGACGAAGGUAAAUAACACCAUGAUCGGAACCGCCAAGAAACAAGUCCGGGGGUCAAGUUAGCCGUCGGUGCGAUGUCUGCCGCUCCACGUCAUCGUCGCUACUUUCGUGCAGGCGGAUUGCGCUUGGUUUUUUGUUAUUCUAUAUUAUCGCAGCCGUAUCGUACGCCAUUUUUGUGCAUUUCGCUUGACGUCAAGAAAGCGUUGGUUGCCGUGAAGUGCAUUUGUCGUUCGGUAAGGAGAAGGAGGCUCUUGAGAGCGACGCAUGUAUAAUGAGCACGUUAUUAUAGUCUAUCAUCCGCUCGC